AUGCCCUUUACUACGUGUUCUUCGUCGGGUUACUGUAACUCUACCUUGGUCACCGCCUCCGGAUCCUUCCCCACCAUCGGCUCCGCCGCUUCUGACCAUUCCAUUCGUAAUCGGUGGAGCAAGAACAGAUCGGAGAGGAAAACCAAGAAAUCGCCAAGGCCUUUCUCCCCUUUCUCUGAGACUGUGUAUCAUCAGUUGCUCAUGAUUCCGAAGAAAACACAUGGCCUGAAUUGGUGUUUGAUGAAAAAGGUUUUGAAGAACUCGGCUUAUUUACUCAUCAGUUUUAUUGAUGGCCUAGAUCAAGUCGACGAUGAAAUAGUUAAUGAAGUAAAAGAGAAGUUUGGUGGCAUCCUUGAAUCUGUUAUCAUCACUGAUAAAAUCAUUUAUAUAUCUUUCUACUUUAUCCCAGGACUACAGCAAACUCAGAAAAGGUUUGUGUUGAGAUCAUACAGAAAAUGGGAAUAUAUUGAAGCAAUCAGGGAGAUUGAGAAUCAGCUCCAAAGAAGGACAAUCAAAAUAGCCUUUGAUCAUAUUGUUGUAGCAUGUGGCAGUGGUGGUAUAAUUGUUGGAUUGUCAAUUGUUUCAUGCGUAAGUGAGCCUAAAACAAAAGUAUGUGGACCUAAAGAACAAUAAUUCAACCAAUACGAAAUGGAUCGUACGAUUCUUGAAGAAGUGUGAUUUCUUCUCUGUUAUUAGUUUUCAUUCCUUGCGUAGGUGGUGUUUUUUUCCAUCUGAUCAUGGAAAGGAAUGAUAGCUUCUGAUAUAGUUUCAGAUAUGACAUAUUUUUAUUUAUGAAUUUUUGACAUCACAUGUGUAUUAAAUAUACUGAUUUGUUUAUUAUAGUAAUAUUAAUCAACAGAAUAAAAUGUUAUUUGGUCUUA